AUGGGUUCAAAAGCAUUUGAAGCAGAAGCUAUUAUAUCAGCAAUAGAAAAAGUAAUUAGCGAAGUCAAGCCAAAGAAGGUAGAGGCUGGAGAGACAAUUGAGGUAAGAGUAGGAAUCAAAGGAUACGACCCAGCUAGAGACAAGAGAUUCCGAGGGGAGGUGACUCUGCCCUACUUGAAGAGAAAGGAGGAGAAAGUCCUUGUGCUGGCUGACAUUCACUUGACGAACGCACUAGAGGGAUCAAACAUUCCAUACAUAUCCUUUGACGAGUUCAAGGGAAAGACCCCAGAAGCAAAGAAGAGAAGAAAGAAGCUGGUGAAGCAGUACCACUCUUUCAUUUCAGUGCCAACCCUGUACAAGGUGUUUGAGCCAGCAAUCUUCGCCGGAAAGAAGAAGCCUGUUUACAUGAUCAAGAACAUAAACGAGAUAAAGAACUACUACGAAGAUGUAAAGAGAAAGAUUCAGCUGAAUCUGAAGGCUGAUCUGCUUAUUGGAUUCCCCGUUGGAACGACUAAAAUGAGCGCAAACGAAGUGUCUCAGAACACCUCCACCGCAAUGACCGCUCUCAUUGGCCUUCUUAAGAAGGGGAUCCAGAACUUGAGAUCCGUUGAUAUUAAAACAGACCAGGGAAAGCCUAUUAGAUACUUCCCGCUCUAA